UGUCUGCUCCUUCUUUCACGUCCAGCGAUCGAUAUCUUCCCCUGUAACGUUAGUUAAAAUUAAACUCCUGGCACUAGGUUAGGAGUGGGGAUCAGAGAGAAACUGGACCUACGGGCUUCUGAGCAGCUGAGACUCGGAACGAGGCCUGAGAAGCUUCCUGCACAUACGGUGAGGUGUUCACUCCACCAGCACAGCCCAAGAUCAGAUCGACAAUGAGCCCCACUAAACAGAGUUUGCUACGGGAGGCAUCUCAUCAGAUCAUUGCUGGUGGAUCUGCAGGUCUGGUGGAAAUUUGUCUGAUGCACCCUCUAGACGUAGUGAAAACCAGGUUCCAGAUUCAGCGGGGAGCCAGUGACCCUAACAGCUACAAAGGUCUGGGAGACUGUUUCAGGACAAUAUUUCGCAAUGAGGGAGUGUAUGGAUUUUACAAGGGAAUCCUGCCCCCUAUUCUAGCUGAGACACCCAAGAGAGCGGUUAAGUUUUUCACCUUCGAGCAAUACAAGAAACUGCUGAGUUUCACUCCCUUAUCUCAGGGCUUGGCUCUCUCUAUGGCUGGCCUGGGCUCAGGCUUAACUGAAGCUCUGGUGGUUAAUCCGUUUGAGGUAGUGAAAGUGAACCUACAGGCCAAUCGAGAUUCCUUCAAAGUGCAGCCCUCCACAUUUGCCCAGGCUAGAAUGAUCAUUAAUGCAGAUGGCUUCGGCCUCCGUGGGCUUAAUAAGGGUCUUACCUCCACACUGGGACGCCAUGGUAUCUUCAACAUGAUCUACUUCGGCUUCUACUUUAACGUUAAAGACGCCAUUCCUGCCAGCCAGGACUCUCGCCUGGAGUUUAUGAGAAAGUUUGCUAUAGGUUUGCUGUCUGGAACCAUUUCUUCCUGUGUGAACAUCCCUUUUGACGUAGCAAAGAGCCGUAUCCAAGGUCCUCAGCCAGUCCCAGGGGAAAUAAAAUACCGAAGCUGCUUCCAAACCAUGGCCUUGGUAUACCGUGAGGAGGGAUAUCUCGCAUUAUACAAAGGACUGAUACCCAAGAUCAUGAGACUUGGACCAGGAGGUGCAGUCAUGUUGCUAGUGUAUGAAUACGUCUCCAACUGGCUUCAAAGAAACUGGUGAUGAGAUGCGUCGCACAGCAAGCCAGCAUGCCAGCCAUGUACCUCAGCACUCUGCUCUUAGGCCUUAAUUCACAAAGUCAAAUCAAUUUUGGGCUGUGCGCCACAAACCAUGAACACCACAACUUUCACAACACUCAUACUACUAUCAUAUUCUACUAUCUCAUUCCAUUCACUAUUGAUUUUGAUGCAAGAUAAUUACAGGGAAAUUCUCAUGACAUAUUCUUACUCAUGAUGUUAGGGUGGUGGGGUGGUAUUGCUGCACACCCAGACAGUCUACACUCUCCCACACUCACAACUCCCUCACCAUUAAAAGCAACCCAGCAGGAAAUGGCAACGUUUUAAGGUUACAUCAAACCAAGUUUAACAUACCUCACCAUUUCUAAUGGAGGGCAACUUCCAUUCUUAUGGAGCACUACCAGCGAGCCCAAUACAUGUAGUGAUGAGCACAAAGUCAUUUAGAAGCACUUCAUCCAGGUAUGUUGUCAGAUGAUGUAGUAAUUGUUUGUAUUCUUCUUCUUAAGCAUAAUUUCUCACACAUCUUGUGACACAAUUUAUAAAUGAGAUUUGUAUUUGUUGUUAGUGUGAAUUGUAAUGUUUCUUUCGUUAUUAUUACUUCCACAUUAAUGUGUCAUUAUUACUUUUUAGACACCUCUGACUGGAUUUUUAAAAAUUUAAUAAUAAAUAAUUAAAAACAUUUCAUAUGUUCAUCAGUUUACCAUGUGUCACAAAUAUGUAGCAAACAAACAAUACAAUUCACCGAACAUUGUGAUGGGAACAACAGUGUGUAUGUAUUAUGAAAAGUGUUGGUGGACUCCAAAGGUCAGUUUAAUAAACUUCAUUAAUUGACAAUAUUUUAAUCAAUAUGCUCAUUUUCAUGUGCUUUUAAUUGUUUUCAUAGAAAUAUUGUUGCUAAUUUAGUGUUAUGGAUAAUGCUGAAUAUGGUAAAUAUUUUAAAAGAGCAUAUGAAAAUGGAAGUAAAUGAAAUGUGAUGGUUUUUUCUGCAGUACUCUUGAUGAAAAAGGACAUUAUUGGAAAUGUUUGUUAGUGCUUUUUAAAUUAAAUCCUUAAAUUUGAA